AUGAUCCCAAACACUUCAGAGGGCUACGUUUGGACCGCCGAGUCUGGCGUUGUCCAGGGCUCGUUGCCUUGCAAAGGCGUCAUUCAACCUCCCACAUCGAUCCGCAAUAGUCGUGGGGUCUACGACUGUAUUGUUAUUGGUGCUGGAUUUGCUGGUCUCACUGCAGCAAGAGACUUGGCUCUGGCCAAGAGAAAGGUUCUUCUGAUUGAGGCCCGUGAUCGCAUUGGAGGACGAACGUACAGUAUUGAGAAGGAUGGUUACACGUAUGAGAUGGGAGGCACAUGGGUAUCCCAUUUCCAGCCCAAUCUCUUUAGAGAGAUGCAGCGGUACGACAUGGAUCGCGAUCUUGUCACCACCAGACAAGGCAUGUAUGAGAACAACUACUACACCAUGAAUCUCACCGGUGAUGCCCGCAAGCUUGCCCACGAAGAGGCCGGGAAGCUCCAGGCCAAGGCAUGGGACCUAUUCGUCAACGUAGACGGUGCCGGAUGCCGCAAGAUCUGCCCCCUGCCUCAUCAACAGCUAGGAAAUGUCAUGGUCAAAAGAGAGGAUAUUGAGCGCGUCGACGCCAUGUCGUGCAGAGAGCGCUUCGAGCAGAUCAAGGACCAACUCACCGAAGAAGAGUCAGCUCUGCUUCUGUCUCUGAUCCUGCACAUCUCGGGCGGUAACCUCGACAACUCGAGUCUUUGGGAUAUGAUUCGCUCGCAUGCUUUGGCUGCGCACUCUUCCGACAACUUUGAGGAUGUCUGGCUUCUGUAUAAGCUUCGAGAGGGUCAGUCGGUCCUGGCCAAGCGCAUGUUUGACGAGGCAGUCAAUGACGGCCUCGACUACGCCUUUUCUACCGAGGUGGCAUCUAUCUCAGACUGGGGCCAGCAGGUAGAAGUCACUACGCCAAGUGGCGAGCGAUUCCGGGCAUCUCAGGUCAUCUCGACCAUUCCUCUCAACGUGCUCCGACACAUCAGGUUCGAGCCCCCUCUGUCCCCUCUUCGACAGGAGGCCGUCAACAUUGGCCACGUCAACUUCAUGAACAAGAUCCACGCCGAGGUGAAGGGAUCUGGUCUCGCCUCGUGGAACGGCAUGUCGUUCCCCAACAUUCUCAUGUACGGCUACGGAGACGGCGUGCUGAACAACGGAAACGCGCACAUUGUUGCGUUUGGUACUGAUGAGCGUGCCACGGGUUAUGUAGCUGAGAAGUGCCCUGAGCAAACCAUCGAGGCUUUCCAGAAGCUCCAUCCCAUGAAGGUCGAGAAGAUGAUCUUCCACAACUGGAACACCGACCCUUACUCUCAGGGAGGACCGGCCUGGUGGGCUCCUGGGUACAUGAGCCGUUUCCAGGAUGAGCUUCAAAGCCCUCACGGAAAUGUCAGAUUUGCCUCUGCCGACUGGGCUCACGGAUGGAGGGCCUUUAUCGACGGUGCCAUCGAACAGGGUCACUUGAACGCCAAGGCUGUCCUGUCUAGCCUUGGUCCGAUCUCGGCCAGGACCCUCAGCCAGCUCUGA